AUUUCGUGGACACUCUGAGUACUGCUGGAUCAACAUGAUACAUGGAUCUACCACUUUUUCGUAUCGAAUAAAGAAUGUAGACAAGAACCACGAUCCUCACGAGUAGAACGAGAUCAAUUAAAGCGACAAUGGUACUUACAGACACUUGUCUUACAAGAAGCUCGUCGUCAUCGUCCACGACUUCUACGGUGCGUGCCGGUUGCCUGGACGGAAACUGCACUGUCUUGACGGCAUGUUGUAACUCGUCGCCGAGAUUGGCUAGUCGUAGCGCGGAAAAGAGAAGAAGAAAUCGCAGGCCCGCAAGUAUCAAGCUCACGACUCUGUCUCUGGUCUCGUCAACAUCUGCGGCUUUGGUUUUGUUCCAUCUAAACAGCUACCCAAGUGGAAUCAACACCGCCCUUGCCGCCAGCUGCGAGGAAGGGAACCGGCUUUCGUCCAUCGAGGCCAUCAACCUGCAGUGUGACGGCGAGACGCAGAUUCCCUGGCCGGAGGGCUUCGGGAACCUUUUGUCUUUGCCCUUCGGGCUCGACAUCGAACAGGCGAAAGAAUUCGGAAAGGGGCUGUUCAAGCGGAAUUUCAUGGAGGUAUUCGAACUUAGUGGCGUCACCGGCGACGGGCAGUAUCGCUUCAUGCCGAACGUCCGGUGCAAGGGCGAACUGAAGGGGAUACACCCCAUCGGAAGCAAGGGCGAAGCAUGGACCAUGGCCAUAUGGAACGAUGCGCAGGUACUGCAAGGGUGACUCUCGUCUGAUAUAAAAAUCUAGUAUCACCGUCGUGAGCUGGAAGCAAAUGCUAAAUGCUGGUUGUCCUUGACGGCUCCGCAUCCGCGCCCAUAAACAAGCAAGGCUAUGCAUGCAAGGAAGGACAUUAUCAGCUUUGGCAUUGUUAUACCCACUCUCAAACACACACAUUAACAGGAUUGGUGCUCGACGAAAGACAAUAACUGCACGGGCAUCAUGCAGUUUGUUGGAAACAGCACGGAAAACUGUCAUCACUGGUGCGGGACACCGCAGUUCUGCACAAAUAUAGAGCUAGAAGAUGAUGAGGAGUUGACUAUCCCAAGCAACGACUGGAACUUGUGGUACAAAACUAGACCGUAGAAAGUGAAAGUUGGCACCACGAAAGCUAGGCGCUGAUAUUUUGGAUAAUUCAGAUGGGUAUCGAUAGCUGUUGCUGUAGCACGCGGAUAGAAACUCCAACAGAUUUUUUUGUCGUGCGCGAUUGGAUCGUCUGACUUUGAGUAGAAAAGUAAAGGUUCUCAAUUUGUCACGCAGUGCGGAAAACUGUACAUUCCUCAAGAACAGCAAGCCAAAACCUGACCCACUGCUGAAAGUAAACAAGCUCUGUGAGGACCGGAGUCGGACGAGCCGCAGCAGCUCCCUCACAUAUUGCAUGUA